AGCCCCGCCCCCGCAGCUGCUCUCUUCUUCGCUGCUCUUCCGCCUGGUCCCCCGAAUCCUUCCCAGAUCUUAAACGAUCCCUUGAAGAUCGGCACUGGAUCCCUCGGAGGAGGCUUCUAGGUCCUCGCUUCGGCCAGGUGCGGCCAGGAAAAACCUGCAGUUUUGCUCGCAAAUAGUCUCUGGUUACAAGGAACCGCAGGGGAGCCACUAUGGAAACUAUGCAAGAGGGGAAAUGCGUCAACCGAAGGAAUCAGGAGAGACUCUUUGAAUGCUCCGAGUGUGGGAAAUCCUUUGCUUACCGGUCCCUCCUUUUGAUCCACCGGAAGCUGCACACGGGGAAUGGAUCCCACCUGUGUUUCCUUUGUGGGAAAUCCUUUCCUGGAGUGUGGAGCUUUGCCAAACAUCUCCGGAGCCACCCUGGACUGAAGCCUUACAAAUGCGGAGAGUGCGGAGAGCGUUUUGCUAAUGGCUCGGACCUUGGAACCCAUCAGCGAAUCCACCAGGGAAAGAGAUCUCAGGAGUCCUGGAAGCACUGGGGAAGAUUUCCUGAGAGACGGCAUCAAUGUAUGCAAUGUGGGCUGUGCUUUUCCCAAACCUCCCAGCUGCUUAAACAUCAGCAAAUCCACACGGCAGGGAAACCUUAUCAAUGUCUGAAGUGUGGGAAAUCUUUCCGUUAUAAACAAUUGUUUAGAAGACAUGAGAAAAUUCACACAGUGCAGAGUCCUUAUAAAUGCCUAGAAUGUGGGAAGUGUUUCACUCAGAACUCAUCUCUUUGCCAACAUAAUAAAGUACAUACAAAGGACGAAAGCAAAACGUGCCUAGAAUGUGGGAAAUCAUUUUCCAGCAAAUCAUGUCUGCUGAAACAUCAGAGAAUUCACACUGGGGAGAAAUCCCACAAAUGCCAAGAAUGUGGGAGAUGUUUUGGCAGAAAGUCAAACCUAAUUCGACAUCAGAGACUUCACACUGGGGAUAGACCCUAUAAAUGCCCAAAGUGUGAGAAAAGAUUUGUGGAGUCUGCUGAACUUCGGAGACACCAAAGAACACACUGGGGGAAAAAACUAUAUAAAUGUAAAUCACACCUAAUUCGACAUCAGAGAAUUCACACUGGGGAAAUACCCCAUCAGUGCCCAAAAUGUGGGAGAUGUUUUGGCUAUAAAUCAUGCCUAAUCAGACAUCAGAGACUUCACACAGGAGAAAGACCCCAUCAGUGCCCAGAAUGUGGGAGAUGUUUUGGCAGAAAGUCUCACCUAAUUCGACAUCACAAACUUCACACUGAAGAAAAACCCUAUCAAUGCCCAGAAUGUGAGAAAAGAUUUGUCAAUUCUUCUCGCCUUCAGAGACACCAAAAGACGCACAGGAGAGAAAAGCUAUAUAAAUGUAAGGAUUGUGAUAAAUGUUUUUUAAAAAUGUCAUAUCUUUCUCAACAUCAGAGUAUCCAUACAGGGGUGAAGCCCUAUAUGUGCAUUGAGUGUGGAACAUUUUUUCGUACAAUACAAAUCCUUAGAAAUCAUGCGAAUGUUCACAGAGGAGAAAAAUUAUUCAAAUGUUUAGAAUGUGGGAAAGCAUUUGGUCGUUCAUCAUCUCUUAGAAUUCACUGCCAAACCCACACGGGUGAGAAAUGCCACAAAUGCUCAGUGUGUGAGAAAUCUUUUACCCGUAAAGAUACACUUUGGAUGCAUCAGAGAAGCCACUUAGAGAAGCAAUAUAAAUGUCCAGAGUGUGAGAAAUCUUUUCGUUGCAAAUAUUAUCUUAGAAAACAUGAGAGGAUUCACAAAGGAGAGAAGCCUUCCAAGCCUGUGCAAAAAAAUGAAAAGUGCUCAGAAUGUGGGAGAUGUUUUAACACAAAGUCACAGCUAAAUCAACAUCAGAGAGUUCACACUGGAGAAAAACCCCAUCAAUGCCCAGAAUGUGGGAGAUGUUUUGCCAGCAAAUCAUGCUUGCGGAAACAUCAGAGAAUUCACACCGGAGAAAGACCCCAUCAAUGCCCAGACUGUGGAAGAUGUUUUGUUCAGAAGGGACACCUAAUUCGACAUCAGAAACUUCACACUGGAGACAGACCCUAUCAAUGCUCAGAAUGUGAGAAAGGUUUUGUGGAUUCUGCUGGACUUCAGAGACAUCAGAAGAAGCACACAGGAGAGAGGCCCUAUAAAUGUGGGGAAUGUGGCAAAGGUUUUCUUAGAGCAACACAGCUUCAGGUUCAUCAGAGAACCCACACGGGGGAGAAGCCAUACCCGUGUAUGGAGUGUGGGAAAGGUUUUUCCCGAAAAGAACACCUUGGAAGGCAUCAAAAGGUCCAUUCACGAGUGAAGCCAUAGAGAUGCAAUGAGUGUGGUAAUGUUUUGUUCAAAAGGGAGACAUGAGAAAAAUGACAUGGAAAAAGCCGUAAUAGGCCUUGAUAGUAGAACAGUUUUUCAUAAUUGUUCAACUCUUAGAAGUCAUAUAAGAGUCCAUAAAGGCGACAAAAAUUAGGAACUCUCAGAUUGUGAGAGAGCAUUUUCUUGUCAAUUGUCUCUUAAAAACCACAUUCUAUUCCAUAUAGCAAAAGAUACAGUUUAAAUGUUUGAAGUGAGAUGUAUGUUUGCCUGGAAAAAUACUCUUUCAGCAUCAGCAAUUCUUACUGGAAGGAAACUUUUAUCAGGGCUUAGAAUGUGAAGAUUUUUAUCUGAUCAUCAGAUCUUCAGAUGCACAUGAAAAAUCCACACAGGAGGAAAACCUUAUAGCUGGGAAUCUGACUCCGGGGCUGAAAGGGCUGCGAUCUCUCCCCGAUCUGGCCAAAGGCAAGCCUCCCUACAGGAUGACAGCUCAUUCUGAGGGGAAAUGGAGUUCUCCGCCACCCACAUGGGGAUAAAGACGCGCCUGACACCACCCCAAUGCAGAGGUUAAUGGUGUAACUCCCAGCUGUACUCACAAACUUGCAAUCCAGAAAAUACCAAUAAUUUUGAAGGUUUUUGAAAUCCAACUGGAGCGCUUAAUGACAUAUCUGUCCUCAUUGAGGGACUGAGUCAAAAGCUGGGUCAGUCUAGUGACAAGGGCAUGGCUUAACAGUCUUAUCAGACUCAGUCCAAUCAAUAAGCGGAUGAUGUCAAACCAGUCUGGAUGUUACUUCCCACACUAUGGAGAAAAAUAAAAUCAUAGAAUAUGUAUCCUAGAGCACAACAGAAACCUGAGGUAAGAAGAACUUUGCUGAUAGUUUUGUCGUAAUUGUAUAGCCUUUUGGAAGAAAUCAAAAUAUUAAUGGAAACAUUAGCAGAUUUUACUGCAUUAGCUGGUUUUAAAAUCAAUAGCUAAUAGACAAAGAACUUGACCAAAAUAGGAAAAUGGAACACCAAAUAUAAUUGAUGAGGA